GUGCGGAGUGGCGGACGUGAUGUUGGAGAUGGACCGCAUCCUGCGCCCGCUGGGCUACGUCAUCGUGCGCGAGGUGGAUGCCUCGCACGUGCGCCUCAUCCAGGCCGUGGCGCGCGGCAUGCACUGGGACGCCGUCUCCAGCAUUCAGAAGCACAACGAGACGCUGCUCACCUUCCGCAAAACCAUGUGGCGGCCAGAUCCCGUGGCCGACUCGACAAAGAACGAGGAGUGA